AUGGGGAAAGGACGCUUCACAGUUGAGGAGCUUAUUAGAAACAAAAACUUCAGAGUUGGCAAAGGCCUUGGACAUUGCCUAGUUCAGUUCAGGAAGCUGGCUGAGGAGCUUAGGAGCGAGAGACCAACAGCAGCCAAGUAGGGGACAGACGGGAAGAAAAGUGUUGAACAGUGAACAGAAAGACAAAGAGCAGGCAGUUCCAAAGAGCCAAGAAUGCAAAUCACUUGCAGAUGCCGAACAAAGCCAGAGGAGGAGAUCCGGGGAGAGCUGGGGAACAGAGGGGAGCUAAGCGUUCAGCAAGAGUCCACCCUGGACAAGAAGACUGUCACCUGUUGUCCCUCGGGAGCUCAGGCAGCCCUGACGCAAUUGUGGCUCCUGCAGCCCAGGAGGCAUCAGCAUCUCCUGGGAACUCAUUGGAAAUGCAAAUUGUCCAGCAGCCAGUGGGACACCAGCAAGUGGCCUUCACCAGGGCCUCCGGAAAGGCACACCUUGCUCCAUACGCCCCCUCCUCCUGGAGGGGGUGCAGUAGAGAGACGGGCACCUGGAGAAGCAGGAAAUGACAACACCGGGGCUCCCAGCAUCAAAAUCGACUUUCCUUCCUGGUUGGGCUCUCCACAGGGGGAAGCAGGGAUUCGCACCCUGAGCCCCUGGGACCCGGUAUCGCCCCCUUCCUCCCUCCGAUUCUGGAGCAUUUCCAUUGGAGAGUAA